GAAAUUAUUGCUAUUGUUUUUAGUUAUCAAUAAUGCAAUUUGUUAUGAAAUCCAGCUUAGUGAUGUAGUGUCUGGCAAUCCAUUGCUAAAAGUUUUUAUAACUGUUUUAGUCUUUUAUUUUUCAUGAGCCAUUUUCACAGUUUCAAUCUAAAGUCAUUGUGCAGGCAGCCACUGCUGUGCAAGAAGCUACGAUAUUUUAGUAAUAGUUACCUAAUUUAAUUAACCCUGGGUGUUGUGUAUGGCACUGGUUUAACGUCUUUCAAUUGUGACACCAAUUUAGUCCAAUCUCUAAAACUUUAGCCACAACCCCAACAUGGGGGUAAAUAUUGAAAUAUAGUUACUUGAAGCUAUAAGGACAUCAAUAGUUGGUCGAAAACCACCAUGCUUUGUAAAUUAUUCACACAUGUUGUUCACAUUUUCAGUCAACUUGGUAUUGUUUACUGCGAGUUUUCACACUACCAGUCACUGAGGGAAUAGCAUCUGCAUUCAAGGGUGGCAAGGCAGAAAUAUGCUGUACUAUUAGAUAUACAUCACGUCACACAUAGAAGAAUUUAAACGCUCUUUUAAUAUGAUUGAUUACUAUUUUAUUCAUCUAUAAUAUUAAUAGAGGGAACUUUGUAUUUCAAAGCAUUGAUUUUUUAGUACUUCAUAAAAUAUGUUGCACGACCUGAUAUUUGCAUUGCAAGGGUAUCCUGGAAGUAUUUUUAAAGAAACAUCAAAUGGUAUUGUUAGAGUUGUUCCCGGCCUUCCAUUCCUAUCACCAUCAGAAGAAUCAUCGUUAAAUAGACUUCUUAAGCUUUCAACAAAAAUUAUAUUUUUUCAAAAGUUCAUUGACACUCACAAUUCAACUUUAUAUGCAGAAGGAGCAGAAAAACAUUCUGAUGGAUUGUUGCAUGGAUGUUACCUGCAAGCAUUGUGUUAUGGGCUUGAAGAUGUAUUAGAAUCUUAUUAUCAGUCCGUUUUAGACAUAGAAAAAGAAAUACUCGCGGAUCCUCUAUUAACAUUUAUGCAUGUGUACCAUUCGCUAGAACAUUAUUAUUUGCUUUUCGAUGCGUUGUAUGACUUGAUAUCUAUCGUAAAAUCAAGAAAAAGUCAUGGUUGUCAGAUUCUAAGUACCGUUCAUCAUGCAUCACAAACAGGCAAUCGUGUUGUGCUGCGAGCAAUGCUAAGAAUACAGAAACGGUUGCAUUUAGUCAUGUAUCGACAACUUUCAUCAUGGUUGCUGCAUGGUCUUCUUAUUGACAGACACAAAGAAUUUUUCAUUUCCAAAUCUGAAGAGAAAGGACCCAAUGACUCUGUUAGCGUGUUCCAGGAUACUUUCUCAUCCUCUACUCUUGGAUCUCAAUUGGAAAUCUUUUAUAUUCGAGCAGACAUGCUUCCGACAUAUUUACCCUCUCGUGAUGCUGAUGUCAUUCUUUUUAUUGGCUCAUCAUUGCAUCUUUUUGAGAAAGACCUACACAAACAACAAGCACUUCAUGUUGGAGGCUCUAGCAUGGCAGUUGCAUUGAAGGGACUUUCUGCUGAUGUUGAGGGAAAGCGCAUGGACGGGAUUCUCAAAGAAAAUCAGCAAGAAUUCAUGAGGGAUUUUCUGUGGUUGCAAAAUCAAGAUAGAUUCUCUUUAGAGGAGUUUGAAUCCAGGUUGAAUAAAAUUCGAUCCACUGUAGCAAGAGAACUUUGGGAUUUGUGUGUUGUUAAAGCAAAACUAGUGUCUCAUUUUAUGAUGCUAAAAGACUAUUACUUGCUUGGACUUGGAGAAUUAUAUCUGGUAUUUUUAGAAGAAUCUGCGAUAGUAAUGAGAAAACCCCCAACAAAAACUACGGAGCACGAUGUUAACCAGGCAUUCUUGAGAUCUGCCAUCAAAGUACAACUUGAAGAAGAUGGUGCGUUACAAAACUUCAAAUUAGUUAUAGAAUCAAAAUCUUCUAAAGAAUCUGAACAAUCUUCUGGUUACACAUAUGAUGCAUCAGGAAUAAUGGAUUCUAACGAUACAUGGUCUUUAUUGAGUAUCACAUUCCAAGUUAAAUGGCCAUUGCAUAUCAUCUUCACACCACCUGUACUUUCAAAAUAUAACAAGCUGUUUAAAUUCUUGUUGAGGGUUCGUAGAGCCCAACUUGCUUUACAGAAUUUGUGGGCACUUCAAAUGCAAGAGAAAUGUUCACUUAUAUGUACUGAUGAUGAUUAUGCUUCUAUCAAACAAAACAUUUCUAAUCUGACUUUAAGAAUGCAUAUGAGUCAUCUGGUUGACAGUUUGCAGUACUAUUUACAGGCGGAUGUAUUGGAAUCUCAUUUUUCUAACCUGCUUUCAAAGAUCAAGAAUCCAACCUCAACCGAUUUUGAGCAGAUUGUGCUAGCUCAUGAUAAUUACUUGACUGCACUUCUUGCUCAAUGUUUCAUAUUAUCUACCCCAGUUUUCAGAAGUUUACUUGGUGUUCUAGAUAUUUGCCAGCAGUUCUGCGAAGUUGUGACGGCAUCUAUUCAGUCGGGAACUAUUUCUGCUCAAGAAGUUAUACAAGGUCGUGUGGAACAAUUAGCGAGUGACUUUGAACGUCAAUCUUCAUUGCUCUUUCAUACUCUAUCUGCAGUUUGCAACCAACAAUGCAAUCCUCAUCUUGCCCAGUUUUUGCUAUUGUUAGAUUUCAAUAAAUACUACACACGACGGUUAUGAUUAUAUGCAUAACAAUUCUGCAAUGCUUUAGGGAACUUUUUGCAUUGACCAUGGUAUUUUAAAAAUAACCAAAGUUACCAGUAAGUUAACUUCUCAUCCCCAAGACCAUGAAACCCUUACACACGACUUUUUGUAAUAUUGCUUUAAACUUUAUAUAUAUAUAAUAAAUACUGCUGAAGUACUGAACUCAAAUUCAGCUUCAUGCAUUUGCACUCUUGUAAUCUGUGAAAACAUGAUUAUGGUUC